AUGGAGGAGCAGGUCGGGCCCUUCAUGGAGACCACCACAGCGGGCUGCGAGGUGAAGGGCUGGGAUGGCGUGCAGGUGCGGUUGCACAUCUACAAGAGACCCGGGAUUGAAACUGAGCAGCACGGCUCUGGCGACGAGGUGGUGGUGCUGCGACCGAAGGGAGGCUACGAUGAUCUCGAGACUGUGAAGGCAGUCGCGUCCUUUGCCAGACAGGCAAUUGAUGCACAGUACCCAUCGGCCUACCGGCAAGACUGCGCAUCUCAAGAUGGGUGGACAGGGCGCAGUCGCGGGAAAGGCUUCACAUCCCACCUCUUCGACUUGCAUGCUUUUGGAGGGCAGCGAGCCCGCAUCGAGGUUCUUUUCGCCUCCGAUGCGAGCUUCCGAAAGCGCGGCUUUUGGUUGAAGGAUCUGAACGUCCACGCAGGGAACAAGGAGGUGUUCCAGGACGUGGAGGCACUUUUCGGCACCAUUCUGGUCUACACUCCUCCUGCGGGGCAGACCGGUUCUGCGGGCGUUCCUGUGGUGGUGCAGUAUCCGGACGGUUUCGAGGCAGAUCGUGGCAUGCAGAAAUCCUCGCAGACACGCUUUGCGCCGUUUUGGGCCACGUGGAGACAAGGUCCGCAGUGGCCCGAGUCCAAUCUCAGAAGACAGUAUCUGGGCUGGUCCUAUCAGUCCGACGUGAUAGACACUCAUACCGCGAGAUUACAUCCUGGCCAGGAGGCCUGCAUUCUCAUGAGCGCCCCUUUCCGUGGCCUCCUGACGGUGGCCUCUCUCUUCACGCUGCGCGACAAGAUCGGCAUCAGGUCUGUGGGGCUUACGAUCCGCGACGCUGCAAAGCCUUACGAGGCCCUGACUGUGCUUACGUCCUCUUCGCCCGGUGUCACUGACCCUGGCAUCCACCGAUUCCGCCUCACAGAGAAGUCUCCCAUCUUUGAGCCCGAUGAGAAGUUCUUCCUUUGCAUCUCUGCCGGCGAUGUGCGGUCGAUGUCCACGGAUGGUACCUCAGAGCCGUUCUUGCACCUCCCACUCUCGAACGUGACGUCCGUUGCUGAGGGCGUUCCUGGCUGGAUGAUGCUCCGUUCGGAUUCCGACGGCAGCAUCGGCGCAGAGGCGCUGAGUGACACGUGGAAGGAUCAUCGCCUGUCUCUGCGGGCGGAGUUUCUCGAGCAGCCGCAACGGCGGCUGCGGGGUGCCAGUUAG